UCGCUGGCAAUCAAUUCACUUGCGAAUCUACAUGCGAGAUGGACUUCUCUCAGACCAUCUUUUUCGACGUCGAGCAGCGCUUUAGCAAGUACAACACACAGAAAUGGAUGAACAUGUGGUGGACGUUCUGUUUCUAUAUCUCGGCCGUCUACGUUGUCAUCGUUCAUUGGGGUCAGAAUCUCAUGACGAAUAGAAAGAAGUUUUAUUUGAGACGACCGCUCUUUCUCUGGAACCUCACGUUGGCCUGUUUCAGUGCAAUCGGAUUUUACAGAGUGGGCGGCAAGUUUCUAGACGACCUAGAGAGAUAUGGUUGGCACCAAACGAUUUGCAGUCUUGAGUGGCUUGAGGGACAGAGUGGCCUUUGGUGUGCUCUCUUUGGAUACUCCAAGGUACUCGAACUACUGGACACGUCGUUUAUCAUUCUUCGUAAACAGAAGCUGAUCUUUCUCCACUGGUAUCAUCACAUCACUGUGCUGUGUUUCUGUUGGUAUGCUUACAUAUAUCCACACGGACAAGGUCGUGUUUUCAUCGUCAUGAACUAUUUUGUUCAUACAAUAAUGUACGCUUACUAUGCCAUUCGAGCUCAAGGGCUGGUGAGAAUCCCUCUGGCUGCUAAUAUAGCCAUCACUUGCCUUCAGCUCUCGCAGAUGGUUUUUGGUGUGGCAACAUUUGUCGAUGCCUUCUUGAUGCUUCAGACUGGAGUCGCAUGCAAUGUAGAGUAUAUGAAUAUCUUGAUAGGUUUAGGCAUGUAUGUGAGCUAUGCUAUCUUAUUUAGUCGCUUUUUUUACUUGACCUAUGUGAAGAGAGAGAAGAAAUGAGAGACGGCAGAUGUACAUGUGGUCUCUUCCACUUGCACUGUUAUACAGGCUGAUUGCAGGCGUUAUAUUCUAUUGUAUUUCACAUGAUCUUAUGAUUUAUUGUUCAACAUGAUUCUGAAUGUGAUUCAUAGACAGAGAAUGAUCGAUAGAUGGAACACGGAAAUUUGCGUGUUCAUUCAGUUGAAUUGCUUGUCUAAAAAUGUUUGCUUCCUACAGACUCACAGCUAUAUGAAAAUACUUAAUAGAAAUUAGUUGUGAGGCUACAAGCUUAAGAACUCACUGGUAUACCCGCUUUUUCAUUAUUACAUUGGAAUUGGACUUCUGAAGGCAUAUUGAUAGUCUCUUUCCUCUAAACUGUGCUUCACUUGAUCCACUUUCUACAUCUCUCGAUCUCUUGGCCAGCUGGUUCAAAUAAUUCUCUGCCUUUUCUCCCCAACAACCAAAAUGUUCAAAAAUCAAAGGAAUGAAGCUGCAAAUCUGUCCUCUCUCGAUAUAUUUUCAAACAUUGAACUAUUAUACACCAUCUAAGCAAAGCAACUAAAUACUACCCAAGCCAAUAGGGCUUGGUUCUACCUACAACUAGUUAUGU